UUCAGUUGUUUUUCGGAGAACUGAUGAUUGGAGCAUGUUCGUGCCAGCGCGCCUUAUUUAUCUCUUUUUAAACGCAAAUAUCCUUUAAAUUCAUUUGACAUUCGUUCCUCAAGCACAAGCAAACAAAGACGUUUCUGAAGCCCGUGUCUUGGCUGUUUUUCGGAGCUCGUCGUCUCUCCGGUUCCGCUGCCUGCCCUGCCGUCUCUGCCGAUCUGUCCCGCAUCCUUUAUGCACAGCACGCUGCUCCGGUCCUCCCCAAAACACACAUUCGUGUCCGAGCACCAUGGCCCGCUCCAGCCGCCUUCACUGAGAGACAUGGAAGCCAAACAGCACCAGAUAAAGAGCCUUAAAAGCUACCCGGAGACCGGUGGCCGGAGCCUGGCUGCGGCCGCCGGAAGCGACGGCGGCGGGUAUCGGGCCGGCUCCGCUGAAAUGGAGAUGGAGGCGAAGAUCCAGAAAGCCAUCGACUUCAAGGUGGAGGGUCACCGCUGCUACAAGGAGAAGAAAUUUCGUGAAGCGAUCGGCAAGUACCACCGGGCGCUGCUGCAACUCAAAGGGGUGCAUGUUGUCGACGGGACGACGGGCUCCGAGGUCAACCUACUGAACCAAGCCGCGGCCAAGCUGACCGAGGAGCAGCGGAGAGCCGUGGAGAGCACCGAGAUCGAGUGCUAUGACAGCCUGACAGCGUGUCUGUUGCAGUCAGAGCUGGUGAACUAUGAGAGAGUGAAGGAGUACUGCCUGAAGGUGCUGAGCCACCAGAGAGACCACUUCAAGGCCAUGUACCGAGCCGGCAUCGCCUUCUAUCACCUGGGUGACUACGAAUGUGCCCUACGCUACCUGCGUGACGCCAAGAACCGUGAACCCACAGACACCAACGUGCUGCGGUACAUCCAGCUGACAGAAAUGAAGAUGAGCAAGAGCGGACAGCGGGAACGAGAGAGCGGCAAAGAGACCCAGGGCUAACCCUUGACCUUUUCACUCUCCUGACCUCUCGACCUUUGACCCUACAAGCAGUCCCUACAUCGACCCUCCCUCUCUCCUUCUCCUCCUCCUCCUCAUCCUCCUCCUCCUCCUCCUCCUCCUUCUCUAUCGACUUGUGACAGCAGCACAGCCCGCAGACAGAAGAGACGGAUCCAAUCACCCGCCAACGAUGGAUAAAAACGGGGGAGACAUAUCAAGUACUGUCUGCAACCCAACCUCCUUUUCCUAUUCUUCUUCCCCCUUACUCCCUCAGGUGCUGUGGUUCCUCUCCCUAGACGCAGACAGUCGAGCAAACAUUAAAAAAACAACAAAAAAAACAAAGAAAAUGAUGUAUUAUAUUCAUAUGACAGUCAAUGUGGUGGAAUGAAAAGGAGCUUCAAAACACAUGAAUA